CACCGGUCAACCACCUGCACAGCGUGACGUCCGCCGCUCGUCAACUGGAGUUGCGGCCUCCAUCGACGUAGCCCCCUCCCAUCUACCCAUAAAACAAACAAAAAAACUCCUAAAAGAAGAAAAUCCACGGCGCAUCCAGCAAGACUUUCCCCUCGUCAAAGCCACCACCCACACUCCCCGAACCAACAAAUCGGGAGCGACAGUGAGGGUGGAAACCCUGCGAUAUGCGAGCGAGCGAGUGUUGUGUUUUACCCAAGAAAAAAUCGGUGAUUAAGUUUUAAAAAAAAGGCAAGGGGGCUUUGCAGUCCGGAUUACCUUCUGUUCAGUAUUACCUGUGGGAUAUCAGGAUACUAAGCCAAGUUCAGGCAUCUUUGUCCAAAGUAGAAAAUGCAUACUGCUUUGGGGCUCAUCAGUGUAACUUGAUGACAGUUUAUGGAGUAAAUGUAUGCAGUUGAUCUAACAUCAAGGUGAAAAAGAGUUUCAUUUGUGCUGGAAUUCCUCCGAAGGAAAACAUAAUUCCACUUUGCUGGACAGCUGGUUUCAAUUCUUCCCACAGUUGUAGAUCAACAAAUACACAUCAUGAGUAUGGUGUAAGGCAGUAGUCUGUUUCCAUCAUGAGCUGCAUCAUAAAACAAAAAGAACAAAGCUUUAACAGUUUCUGAAUGUCACCUGAACCUAGAUAAGAUUAAUAUCUCUUAAAUUCUGCCUUUUUGAUUUUGUAAUGUAUGCUUGGCAUUGCUUAUCUUGAUGUAAGCCUAAAGCUGAGAAUGUUAUGAUAUUGAGAAUGUUUCGUUCUGUCAGUAUGAAAACUGUAUCUGUACCCCAGGUAUUCCAGAUUUGGCUAUGCUGCUAGAUCAAUGCUGGCUAGAGGCCACAGAGGAAAAUAUAAAGAAUUCUUCUGAAAUUUAGAAAAAUAUAUAUUAUUAGCUAUUCAUCUGUUGGCAUUAACUGUAUUUUUGUCUCAACAGAUGCUUCCUGAUUGGCUGAGUGUUUCCAUCAUUUUAAGAUUUUUCCACAUCUACCAUAUUUAAUUUUACACUGAUUUGUUCACACACUUCUAAGAAUGAGUCAGCUUUCUAGCCACUGCCCCGGAAAAUGAUACAAUGACAACUAAAAGAGAGCAGAAUAACCCAUUGAUCUAUUUCCCCUGGAUUUAGAAACUUUAAUAAAACUCUUGCUUCGCCUCCUUCACGAGAUUUUGCUUAUCUAGUUUGAGUGCAGGAAGGUUCUCUUCAUCAAUCGCAUUAAUAAACCCAAAAUCAGCAGGAUGCCAACAAAUGAUUUUUGACUCUUUUUGAGUCAUUGAGAAAAUGAGAAAAUAAACCCAGGAUUCUUGUUUCUGUUUGAUAGUUAUCAAACCCCGUAGAAGGUGACAUUUGCUUAUGGUACAGACAAAUUUGGGCUACGUUGUGAUGAUCUUAAGUCAAAGAGCCAGCUUACACUCUCUUUGCUUAUUGCUAACUGAAAUUGAGAAAUCUCUGGUAGACCUUUUCUUGAACAAAUUCAUUCUGUGUAAAUAAGACCCUAAGACUUGGGGCAGAGGAAGUCCUUUCAGCAUAUGAAGUCUCCUCUAAUAUUCAGUGAGAACAUGGCUGACCUGACGAUCCUCAACUCUUUGUUGCCUUUUUUUCAUAACCCUUGAUCUCUUUACUGUUUAAAAAUCUUUCUGUCUUAACCUCACCUGUACUUAAUGGCCAUUCCUGUGGGUAGUAAAUUCCAUGGAUUCACUGUUCUGAGAAAAGAAAUUCCUUCUUACCUCAAUGUUAAAUGGAUGAAUGCUUACUUUCAGAUUAUGCCCUCUGGUCCUAGACCUUCCCACAAGGGGAAACAGGCUUUCCAUGUCAUAACAUUGCCUCUCAUUCUUCUUAACUCCAAUGAGUGCAGCCCCAACCUACUUGACCUUUGUUCAUAAUACAAUCCCUACAUACCUGUGAUCACCCUCCUGAAUGUCGUUUGGACUGCCUCCAAUACCAUGUAUCUCUCCUUUUUGUAUAAGGACUCCAAAACUGUUUAUGGUAUUCGAGCUGCAGUCUGACUAAUGCUAUGUAUAGUUUAGACAAUAUUAGUGUAAGUGGUGAAAAACUUGGUCAGCAGAGAGCAUCUAGAGGAAGGUCUAGAUUUUACAGCCUAAGCAUCUGAAAGUAUGACUAGCAACAAUGGAGCAAUUGAAAUGGGAUACACUCAAAAUAUCAGAAUUAACUCUGACACAACUGUGCUGAUUUUUGGGGCUGGAGGAGAUUACACGGAUAACUGGAUAAAGCCUUGGAGGGAUUUUGAAAUUUACAUUACAGAAGAGGAAGUUCUGGAGGUCGUAGAAUAUAAAGGUGGAUAAAUCUCUGGGACCUGAUCAAAUGUAUCCCAGAAUGUUAUGGCAAGUAAGGGAGGAAAUUACGAGGUCCCUUGCAGAAAUAUUUUCAUCAUCUAUAACUACAGGUAUGAUGUGAAUAUGCGGUGCCUGGCAAGUCGAGUUAACUACAAGACUCUUAUUAUCAUCUGCACUCUGUUUACACUGGUCACUGUACUUUUGUGGAACAAAUGCUCCAGUGAUAAGGCAAUCCAGUUUCCAAGAGAUUUGGGUCAUCUGGAGGACCUGUUCAGAGGAGAAGGUUUGGAAAAACAGGGAAUUGACUCUGAGGAUAAUAAUGAUGUGAGUAGCCUUUUACAGGUGGGAAAGUCUCUCCCAAAACAACCAUCAGCAGAUGCAUUCCAUCAAGAACAGCAGAAAGCUCCACCUGUAGCCAGUCUUCUAAAUAACAAACUGAUGGGACUUAAAUAUGAGGAGAUAGAUUGCUUAAUAAAUGAUGACUACACUAUAAAAGGACGGAAAGAAGGCAAUGAAAUUUAUCUCCCAUUCACCUGGAUUGAAAAAUACUUUGAAGUCUAUGGAAAAAUUGCUCAAUAUGAUGGCUAUGACAGGUUUGAGUUUUCUCACAGCUAUUCAAAAGUAUAUACUCCACGGGGUACUUACCGACCAGAUGGGGUAUUCAUGUCCUUUGAAGGCUACAACGUGGAAGUCCGAGACCGUGUGAAAUGCAUCAGCGGCAUUGAAGGUGUUCCUUUGUCCACUCAGUGGGGACCUCAGGGUUAUUUCUACCCUAUUCAGAUAGCACAAUAUGGGCUAAGUCACUACAGUAAAAACCUCACUGAGAGACCACCACAUACUGAAGUGUACGAAAUUGCAGAGAAGAGAGACAAAGGCACAAGACAAAAUGACUGGAUUAUGCCAAAGGGAUGUACGGUCUCUACUGUCUUUGACAAAACUAGAUUGAGCAAUGUAAAGCAGUUCACCACCCCAGAAUCUUCGGAUGGGGUUUACCUGAUGUUAGGAAAUGCAAAAGAUUUCAUCAUUUCAUUUGAUAUUAAAUUCUUAACAAAUGGGAGCAUUUCUGUGGUACUGGAGACAACUGAAAAGAAUCAGCUGUUUACAAUUCACUAUGUCACAAACACACAACUUAUAGCCUUCAAAGACAAAGAUAUUUACUAUGGCAUAGGCCCAAGGACAAGCUGGAGUACUCUUACUCGAGAUCUGGUAACUGACCUGAAGAAAGGGGUUGGCUUGUCCAACACUAAGGCUGUAAAGCAGACUAAAAUAAUGCCCAAGAAAGUUAUCAAGCUGAUUGCCAAGGGAAAAGGCUUCAUUGACAACAUCACAAUAGCAACCACAGCACACAUGCCAGCCUUCUUUGCUGCCAGCGAUUGGCUGGUAAGAAAUCAGGAUGAAAAAGGUGGCUGGCCCAUAAUGGUAACCCGUAAGCUAGGCGAGGGUUUUAAGUCUUUGGAGCCUGGUUGGUAUUCAGCUAUGGCACAAGGUCAGGCCAUGUCUACACUUGUAAGGGCCUAUUUGCUUACAAAGGAACAAGUGUACCUCAAUUCAGCCUUGCGGGCCGUAGUGCCCUAUACCCUCAAGUCAGAGGAUCACGGGGUAAAAGCUGUGUUUAUGAAUAACUAUGAUUGGUAUGAAGAAUACCCAACUGUUCCCAGCUCAUUUGUUCUGAAUGGCUUCAUAUACUCUUUACUGGGUCUGUAUGACCUCAAAGAAACUGCAGGUGAGAAACUAGGACAAGAAGCUAAAAAACUUUAUGAACGGGGCAUGGAAUCUUUGAAAGCCAUGCUUCCAUUGUAUGACACUGGCUCAGGAACAAUCUAUGAUCUCCGCCAUUUCAUGCUUGGUACAGCUCCAAACUUGGCACGUUGGGACUACCACACCACCCACAUCAACCAGCUACAACUGCUGAGCACAGUUGAUGAUGCACCUAUCUUUAAGGAAUUUUUAAAGAGGUGGAAAUCCUAUUUAAAAGGAGGGAGAGCAAAGCACAACUAGAGCUGAAAGCCAAAACAUAAUCUUAUGAAUCAUACAUAUAAUAUAUAAGGGAAGAAUUCCUUAAUUUAAACAUUUUUGCGUGUACGAGUAGUACCUUUUGUAUCCCUGCCAUCUUCUAAAUGGCACAUUUUAAGUGUAACAAUUAGUAACACUUUGGGGAAGAAGAAUCAAAUGUUGGUGAAGAAUUAUCCCUAUCUAAACAUCCUUUCAUUUGUAUUUGCCUUUCUGUAAGUGGAGAUGCUCACUGACUGGAGGUAAUUUUAAGCUUUCAAGACUUGUAAUCCCUUUCUGGCACUUCACCCUUUUCAGCUGUACUUGUACAUUUUUAUUUCUGUCUGUUGUUUUUAUGUUUGUUUUACUUCACUGAUUUUGUUUUUAACAUUUUGCAUUUAAUAAUAUCAUCAAGUCAUGUAUUUUUAUUAAAGAUAGAUGAAGUUGUUUUUUUUUCAAAAUUAACAUCCAUUUAGAAUUUCUAUUGUGGCACCAGUCUCAACAAUUUAUUUUUGUUUAGAGACUCUCUAUCCUUGUCUGUGUUCCAAAUCCCUAGAACCGAACUGAUGUAUUAAUUUGUACAACUAACAAAACAUUGACUAUUGUGAAUGACCCCUAAGGUGGUUUGUUGGCAUGUUUUUGUUUUACUUUCUGUUUAGGGUGAGGCUGUUCUUAUAAACCACAUUUAGUAGCAUGAACUUUGUAAAAAUGUAUCUCUUAAGAGUGUUUAAUUAGCACAGAAUAUUUUUCCAUUGUAUGUUUAGGUCCUUCAAAGCUUAUUGCUCAUUUAGCUUUUGAUGCACACAUGGCAAAGCACAACACAAAAAAAAUUUAAAAGCGACUGCACAAAUAUAGUAAUAGAAAUGUUUUAUGGAACUUGUAAUAUAGUGCAAGGGGGAAUUGAAUCAAUAAGUUCCAUAUGGUGGUUGGUGCCAUUUCCACUCUUCUUUUGCCUCCACUUUUUAAAUCCUCCCCCUCCAUUCAUGUAGAACUUGAUUUGUGUAGCAUCAUCCUAGAAUUAUUUUUUUCUCUUUAGUGGGCACAUUGUAAUGAUUAUGGCUAUCUUCAAAGAAUUAGGCUUGUUUGAUUGCAGUGACAUUGUUUAUGUGAAUUGCCAUUGCUUCCCUCCCAGUUUAAGAUAACCAAUGAGAUAAAGGAAUCUUGUCAAGGGGAUGUCGAAAUAAGGAGCCAACUGUGUGAUUUUAAACAUUUUAUGGUCUGGAUUAGAAACAGGAAAUACACAAGUAGAUCUGCCAUCAAGAAGAGAAAAAGCAGGUUCUGACACAACAUUUUGGAAAAUACAUGAAAUAGCAAUCAACUGAACUUCACAGGUGCUGAUUAACCUGUUGAUAUUUUUAAUGUAUUAUGUCUGUAUUUCUGAUUUUCCUAUCUUUACUUCAUAGCUUAAACUUCAUAGUUAUGAACCAGAAAAUGGCAUGGGGGGAGGGAAUUUGUUACUGUAUUUUAAGAUGGUGUGUGUUUGGAAGGAAAAUAUCACCAGCCCAGAAAUGGAUUUGAAUGUCAAAAUCGUUUACAAACUGUGAAAGUAAGAAUAUUUUCAUAAUUGUUUUGAUUGCCAGAGCUUCUCCCAAGUUCAAAAUAUAUAUUUUUUUUCUAGUAUUUCUCAAUUGUUAGGGAUUUCUAAAUAAACCCAAAAUAGUGACCAGUAAGUAGGAGAAAGACAUUGUGUUGAGCAUAUUUAAAAUAAAGUAAAAUGGUUGAAGUUGGGUUUCCUUUUAAUUUUAUCAUUUGGUGGCACAGGACACAGAUGUAAAUGAAGGUGAAUGAAAUCUUGCCCUUUUUUAAAAACCUGUUUUUUUUCUUUUUGUCAUACAUGGAAUCAAACCAGUGUUUGGCUGUUACUAGUAAUGAUGCAUGGAAUGAGGAGGUUACUUCAGUACUAAUGCGUCCAUUUGAUACAGUUACAGCUGGCUUAUUUGGAAGCUACACCUUUCACCUCUCCUGAUUCCUCCAGAUUCUAUAUUGAGCCCGAAAAAGUUCAUACUUGACAGGUUUGAUUUUUUUUUUACUGUUCCUCAAUAAUUAUCAGUGAACUGAUUUGCAUUAACUAUAUAGAACAAAAUUCUCAAUGAUCAAGCUAAAGAAACUAGACAAUCUCCCUUCCCCUUUUUAUUGAGCUAUCCAUGCCAAGGAUUAUCCAACCUUCGUAUAGAAAUAUGGAAGUCAGUGGACAAAAUGUAAUAGCGGAUUAAAAAAUAGGAUCAGUCUCCAAUGUUUAAAGGUGUGUUGCUCAAAUACAGUAUUAUUUGAAAAGGUAAGGCAUACAGAAAGCAAAUUAUUUGCAAAUCAAGUUGCUGGUUAUGUUGGAGGAUAUAUUAUCUAACAGCAUAAUUUUUAUUUUCUCUUCAAAAUUGAUAUCUGUUUAAUCUAACUAAAUGGUAUAUAUUUGAGAGAUGUUCAUUAUGGCAGUUAGGUAUAGAAAUAUUUGGCUUUUGAUAUUUUGUUAUCCAAGUUUUUCCCAUUGCUAUAAUGUUCUCUGUAUGCAGAAUUGCAUUUUCUUCUUCUUUUUCAUUUCCCAACCCAUGGUUUUCGUAAAGAAACUGGUGAUGGUGUUGUAUUAAAAAAUGUGUUCUUCUGUGUUUCUUUUCCUCUUCAUGUUGGGGUAUUUUGGUCAUGGCUGGAAAUCAUCUUUUCCUCUGAGCUUAAGUGUUGUCAAUACCAAAGCAUUAUAUGAAAAAAAAAAUCCAAACUGCUCUGCACCUGAGAAGGUCUUGUUCAUAACUCUUAUUACAAAUCAUUCUCUCAUUGGAUGUAUUAGAAUGCAAGAUGCAGCUGGGUAUAUGCAAACAGAAAACACAAGCACAAUAGUAGACUUUGUGCCGAUGUACCCUCUCUGGACAGUGUGCAAGACUUUCACUGAGAGCUGCUAUUUUCAUUCGCACUGUAGUUUUUAUCAUUUUAACUUGUAUUUUUACACGUUGAUUGAACCAUAUGUUGGAUAUGCAAUAAACUGUUUACUGAACACUGUUGUCUGUUGACAGGGCAAGACAGUGUUUAUAGAGCUGUACCGAUUUUGCAUUUGUUAAGCACAAUGUGCACAGUUGUACAGCUUUGCCAUUUUGUACACGGCAAGAGUUCAUAAUUUUUUCAAAUAAAGUGACUAUAUACAAUUAUGUUUAUAUAAAAAAUAUUGAUUGGAUCAAUCUUUGCUGUGCUAAGUAUCUUUGCUUACUGAAGUUGUACAAUAAAACAUUUUCUUAAAAAGGG